ACAUGUUGUUGAGCGAUAGUUUAUUAAUAGAAUCCGGAAGUAAACACACAAUGACGUAACGAAAGCGCAUGCGCGGAAGAAUCAGUAAUGUAAUAAUAUUGGGAGACACAGACUAAGCAUACAGGAUAUUUUCACCAAAAAAUAACAGAAAAAUGCCUCUAUUUGCUAAUGCAACACCUUUCGACGCUGACGUCGAAAAGGCCACACAUGAGAUGAACACAACUGAGGACUGGAGUCUAAUACUUGAUAUUUGUGAAAAAGUUUCUAGGCAGAAUGGUGCUAAAGACUGUCUAAAAUCAAUUGUAAAAAGGUUGAAUCACAAGGUUCCAUUUGUUUCCAUGCAAGCUUUAACUUUGCUGAAUGCAUGUGUUAAUAACUGUGGACGACCAUUCCAUCUGGAGAUAUGUUCUAGAGAUUUUGUUUCUGAGUGCCGGACACUUAUUUCACAAAAGGCUCACCCUAAAGUUGCUCAGAAGUUAAAAUUAAUGAUCAAAACAUGGUCAGACAUGGCUGAGUUUAAAGAAGAUCCAGCUCUAAGUUUAAUUCCAUCUUUCUAUGAAAGUUUAAAAAAAGAAGGUGUAGAUUUUAGUGAGACAGACAUGCAGAAAAAAACAGCAGAUCCAUCAGUUGUAAGAAAGGAAGAAGAUGAUUUAGCGAAAGCCAUUGCUUUGUCACUGCAAGAGGAACAGCAGAAGUCAACACUUAGGGGAGGGGCCAGUGGGGGUGGAAGUUUAUACCCUACCUACAGCACACCAGCAGCAGCACAAGCCAAACCAGUACAGAAAGAGAUCAGAAAGGUUCGUGCUUUGUAUGAUUUUGAAGCCGCAGAAGACAAUGAACUAACUUUCAAAGCAGGGGAGCUAAUUUGUGUAUUGGAUGAUAGUGAUCCAAACUGGUGGAAGGGAUCCAACCACAGAGGUGAAGGGUUAUUUCCUGCCAACUUUGUCACGGCAGACUUGACAGCUGAACCAGAACCUGAAGUUGUAAAAGUAGAAAAAAAGACAGUACAGUUCAAUGACCAAGUGGAGGUGAAGACAUUGACACCAGGGGAGGAGGAAAUUGAUGAGGCCAAGAUAGAUGAGGUCCUGGGUUUGAUACAAAAUGCAGAUCCUACUGGUGUUACUCAACCAGACAGUGGACACAUGCUGAUGUUAGAAGAUCAAUGUAGAGCUAUGGGACCCCUUAUAGAUGCUGAAUUAGAGAAAAUAGACAGAAAACACGCCAAUCUGGUGGAGCUGAAUAAGAAAGUCAUGGACGCCCUACAGAUGUAUCAUAACUUAAUGAAGGAGACCCCUGCCUAUGGCUAUUCAGGUCUGAAGGGUCCAGGUAUCCCCAACACCUACUCACCUGUUCCCCAGACUGUUGGCAUGGGAGCUCCCUCUCAGUUGUACAGCAGCCAACCUCAGUAUAUGGUUCCAGGAGGGAUGGGUGGGCCCCCAAGCCAGGGCCCCCCCAACAUGUCUAUGGCGGGCAGCAUGAGCGGGCCAGUACCAUCACAGAUCUACACACAGACUCAGGUGGCCCCAUCUAGUCAGUCUUUCCCUGGGGUGAGUCCAGCUCACAUGUCCAACUACUCAUCCUUGCCCUCAGUUGGUGCGGUGCCAUCACUUGGAGCUUUCAAUGGCGGCCACACAUCCCUACCCCCUCAGCAACAGUAUGUGGGAGGGCCGAUGUACAGCCAGGGUCAGGCCAACAUGUACCAGCCGCCCCCUUCUCAGCAGCCUCUCUUGUAAUGUCUAGUACAGUUUCUCAUUGGUUACUCUGUGUCAUCCUAUCAUAAUUUACAAGUAACUGUGCAAUACCUGAGGGUUUUUUUUAGUCUUGAGGGUUUGUAGGUAAGAAUAGACAACCAGAUCAGUUUAAGGCAGGUUUCAGUUCUAUUUGUACUUUAACUAUAAGAACAUUUCUAUAUAUGCAAGUUCUGUGUAUUUAUUUUUUUGUAAGAGAAGUUGCUGAACCAAAAAAUAAAUAAAUAAAAAUACUUUGUUUAGCUACCAUUUUAUCACUGCGAUCUUACAUGUCAUCAGUGUGGCAUUUGUCAUUGGUGUGAUUUAUCUUUGGAUUAGUAUAUCCUUGUACAUUGUAAAUAGUGACAUGAAGUACUCUGAAAGUCGUUUAAAAGGUAUUAGAUGAUUGGCUAGCUCAGUUGCCUAGUGAAUGUGGGUUGUAUGGUGUCGUCACACUAAACUUGUGUGUAGGAAAUCAUGUGGAUGGUGGCGCUUGUGAUGGGAAAAACACAUCUUUUUUUUUCCUGAUUAAUAACACCCUAGAAUUACAAGGUACUAUGUGAUGCAUUUUAUAAUCUUAUACUCUGUUAGAAACUUGUAAUUCUAGGGUUAAGUGUAUUAAUUUAUAACAUAUCUUGACAACUUUAUUUUAUAAAAAUGCUAUUAAAAGGAUUUUGAAAAAAAAUUAAUUUGUCAUAUUUUCUAAAUAUUAACAGGAACUUUAUUAAAAAUGUAAUAUUUACUGUGCUUUAUGUAAUGAGCUGAAUAUUUAUCCAGCAUUGAAAUCAAGAAGCCAAACAUAGCCAUUUUUUAAAACUCUUAUUUAUCAUGAACAUUUUUUUUUUAAACUUUGAGAGAAAGAGAGAAAAUAAUUUUAAAUUAUUUUAAUGUAUUUUCUCAAGCGUGAUGCAUUCUGUUUAUAUUGUGAUCUGAUAGAAUGAAUGGUUGAGUUAAAUUUGUUUUGACGUUUUAGAUAACAUCUGGAAAUAACAGCUUUUCCUUUAAAAAAUUAUCAUAUAAUAUGUGAACGCUAUUAUGUAAUGUCAAAAAACUAGCUUCACUGUACACAUCUAGCUCUGUUGUUUAUACAGCAGUUUGUUUAGGGUCUCUUAUACAGCAUUUACAGUUGCGACAUGUAUACCAUUCAUGUCUAGGAAAAAAUCUUGCAAAAAGGUAAUAUUAUAUGAAACCAUUUUUCCCCACAGAGCAUUCAUGCUAACUUAUUGCGAUAUUUUUUCCCUGGACAUGUAUAGUGUUCAUGUCACAAGUGUAAACACUGUGUUAGAAAAUAUAAAUCUCUCUGGAUCAUCCUCUUAUGGUGAUAAAAUUGUUGCACGAUCCUAGUUACAAUCGUAUAGAUGUUAUAGUAGCUGUUAUUGUUUUAAUAUUUGCACUGUUAUUGCUGGUAUUUUAGUCAAGGUCCUUACUCAAAAGUUAGUAGGGUCCAAAGAUUCGUUAUCAGUUUUUUGUCCUGACUCAAAUGUUAGUAGGGUUCAAAGAUUCGUUAUCAGUUUUUUGUCCUUACUCGAACGCCAGUAGGGUUCAAAGAUUCGUUAUCAGUUUUUUUUGUCUCAAAAGUUAGUAGGGUUCAAAGAUUCGUUAUCAGUUUUUUUGUCUCAAAAGUUAGUAGGGUUCAAAGAUUCGUUAUCAGUUUUUUUGUCUCAAAAGUUAGUAGGGUUCAAAGAUUCGUUAUCAGUUUUUUGUCCUUACUCAAAAGUUAGUAGGGUUCAAAGAUUUGUUAUCAGUUUUUUUGUCCUUACCCAAAAAUUAUUAGCAUUUAAAGAUUUUUUUUUUUCAAAUUUUAUUUUCGUAGCCAUAACAUUUAUUUUGAACAUUUUAUUUUUAAUCUCAGUGGCAAGAACCAAUUGGGCACAAUUGUUUUAUUUACAGUGGUAUAUUGUCUUUAUUGGAAUCUGUUGUAAGAGGUAUUUCAUCUGUUUAAAACAAAUUUAUGAAGUAUAUCAAUAUCUUUUUUUUUUUAACACAUGAAAUGUGUGUGGCCCUUCACAGGUAUGAAUCAUUUCACAUCCAUGUUUUAAGACAAUUUGAUAAAAAAAUGUUGGUCUCAGGAUUUUAGUGUCAGUCCAAAAUUUCCCUGAUCAAGUCUACAAUAACACAAUACAAAUAAUCUCUGGCCAUGUUUAACUGCUGUUAACCUUUAGAGUCAGACGUGUAGACGCACUAAGCAACUAAUAUUAGCCACUAGACCAAGUCACUCACUUCUAGAUAGAGGGUCACACCCAUUGUCUGUGUAAAACAACUUCAGUUGUGUAAUCUGCAUUUACAACCAAAGUACAUUGUUAUGUUGGAUGUAGAUGCAACAGAUCUAGCCCCCCCCCCCCCCAUUAGAUGCAACAUUUAUCUGAAACCAGCACUAAUUGUUUUAUUUGUGUACAAAUAUUUGUCCAAUUUGACCACAUUUCAUUACUGACAUGGUGACCUUUGAACUUUGUGGAUGUAUAUUUUACUCUUGUAAAGAUUAUAUAACAUGUACAGUUUUUUUUUUUUAAUCAUCACACUUGUCAGUAUGUUUGUAAGAUUUGGCCUGACUUAUAAUAAACAUUUGAAGAGAAAA